AUGCGAACUUCGUACAAACUAACGCUAAAAAUCUCUCUCUUCGUCGCUAUCAUAUCGGGUGCUUUUUCCAAAGGUUGGAAAGAAAAACCCUUUUACGAAGACUGCAAGUAUGGUGAUGUUUUAGUAGUCGGUCUCUUCAGUCUUCACAGGAAAACUGCAGACGAUGAAUGCGCUACUUUAUUGAACAUUCAGGAGUUUGCUAAUGCACAAGCUAUGGUUUACGCAAUUGACCAGGUAAAUAAGAGCCCGUAUCUACUUCCGAAUAUAACACUGGGCUAUCGGAUUUUUGACACCUGUGGAAUUCCUUCAAGAGCAAACGCCAUGGCAUUCUCAUUGGUGACUGAUAACACUCCAACCGAACGCGGUGAUGUGUCUAACGCAACCACUCCAGACGAACAGGUUUUCAGCUCAUGCCUCGUAAAUGUUUCAACUCGUCCAAUUUCAGCGGUCAUUGGUCCGAGUGAUUCUGCUAGUUCAGUUGUCGUGGCAAGUAUGCUACAAGCUGGGAACACGGCACUUAUCAGUCCUUCGGCAACAAGUGACGAGCUAAGCCUACCUUAUUACGAGACAUUUUUCCGCACUGUACCCCCGGACAGUCAACAAGCCGUAGCAAUCAGUGAUGUCAUCAACUAUUUCAAUUGGACUUACAUUUGGGUAAUCGGUAGCGACAGCUCUUACGGAAGAUAUGGCGUAAGAGCUUUGGAGCAUGUAGCACAUGAGCGAAACACUUUCUGUAUUCACAGCAUAGAUUACAUCCCUUCCGCAAAUUACGAAAACAAAAUUCAGAGAAUCGUCACAAGGUUGAAAAAGGCAACCACUGUCAAAGUCAUCUUGCUUUGGACGGGAGGCAUUUCAACUCUUCAUUAUUUCUUCCAGGAAUGUUAUAAACAGAAAUUGUUUGAUCGUACUUGGAUCGCUCCGGAUGGCUGGUCAGAAGCAACUUCUGUGUUAACAUCCUUAUAUUCUCUUGAGUACAGUGCAGUCAUCGGAACUACUUUUCGCCGUUUCAACGCAUCCGGCUUCGAAGAGGAUUUCGUGUCUAUCAACGCGUCUUCACCGCGCUUUCAAAAUGAAUGGUCGAAAGAAUUUUGGCAACAAGUGAACAACUGCUCUCAGUUUCCUUGGAAGGGUUGCGGAGAUCAGCUGACCAGGAUAAACGAGGAUUUAUUUUCAAUCAUGCACUCUACAACCUCAGCUUACGUCAUUGAUGCGGUUCAGGCUGCUGCGCAUGCAAUUGAUGCAGUUUACCGCUGCCAACAAGGCCCAUACAACUUGUCUAAAACCACAUGCCCACUUUCAAAUGCUCUCGCCGACAAUGUGUUACGCUUUCUGAGGAAUGUUCAAUUUCAGGGACUGACGGGUGAUAUUAGCUUUAACGAAAACGGGGAUUCUCUGCGUUCAGUAGCAUACGAUAUCGUCAACUACCAGCUCGUUCCAGGGGAAACUCCUAUUCUUAAACAGGUGGGAACCUGGGGUAGAUUUAAUGAGCAGAGAUUACAGCUUAAGAGGGAGCUGUUAGUGUGGAACAAUGGCAGCAAGGUUGUUCCAUCUUCUCGUUGCAGUGAGUCGUGUCCUCCAGGUACGAGACAAUCUGCAAUCAUGAAUUGUUGCUGGGAAUGUAUCCCUUGUCGGUCUGGCUCAGUAAGUACAAGUUACAGCUCAACAAACUGCACAGCUUGUUUAGCAGAUGAAAAGCCCAAUCAAGGCAAUACAGCGUGUGAGCCUCUUCCGCUGAAUAAUUUAUCUCCUGAUGAUCCUCAAGGCAUCGGCUUAUUAGUGGCUGCGGCAAUUGGUGUCAUCCUUACUUUACUAACGUUUGGAGUAUUUGUGAAAUACCGUACAACUCCGAUAGUAAAAUCUUCAAAUCAAGAACUCAGCUAUGUGUUUUUGCUGAACAUUUUUGUAGCUUUCUUGGCAGCUUGCUUUCUCAUUUUUAAGCCGACUCCGUUUUUAUGCACGGCAUACAUGUUCGUUGUCCCAAUUUGCGUCAACAUUAGCCUCUCAAUUUUGUUUCUGAAAACUGCUCGCUUGCUUCAUGUAUUUGAUUUCCAGGGGGCUGUAUCGUCGAAGUCUUGCUGGAUUUACAACAGAAAGUAUCAGUUUAUAGCUCUUGGAUCUCUUAAUAUUUUACCUGUGGUUUUCAUUAUCGUCCUCCUAUUUUUUGAACCUCCCAGCGUUCAUGUAAUUAUAGUACCACUCCAUCAUAAGACUAUUACGUGUGAACACAAUGAGUCUAUCGUUGGAGAGAUAAUUCAUGUUACUAUAUAUGCAUACGAACUUUUUUUGUCGCUGAUGGUGACAUGUUACGCUUUUAGAGCUAGAAAACUGCCAAGCAAUUUCAAAGAGACAAAGUACAUAGCUUUUACCAUGUAUAUUCAGUUAAUCACAUGGGGCCUUGUAAUAGCCAUCUUUACAAGCUUAAAGACAGAGAGGACUCGAACGUUUUUGAACUGUUGUGCUCAACUUUGUAGCGCUUUUAGUUUUCUGCUUUGCAAUUUUGCACCAAAGCUGUUCAUUAUUCUGCUACACCCGGAGAAAAAUACACCUGAGUUUGUGAAAGCUGCCCUUACGCGAGAUACGAUGGCAAAAAUGAUGUCAAACACAUUUCAUCGAUCCAGGAGAACGGUAUCCGAGCCACCUCCCUUGUCGUUAGAGAGCAAUGGUAAGCCUACAUUGGUCAAAGAUGUAAAUUUAAACGAGUCUAACGGCAAAAGAGCUCCGAGGAGAUUUACGUGGGACAGUCCUACGACAAUACGUGAUCAAAUGACGCAUAGAGAUGUUGUGGAGUUGCACAUGCGUAAUGGUAUCUCGCCAACCCAUGUAAAUAGGGCAUCUUCAGAAAGUUGUGGAAAGGGAAUUCUAGCAGAAUCAGGAGAUUGCAACACAGGAAACGAUGGAGAAUGCGCAUUUCAUAACACUGCGAUGACUAUGGACAAGUUGGAAGACCCUGUAAUUCUAAGAAACGAGGAUUAUAAAAGUGUGGUCGAAGAUACUUCCUUGUGACUACCCUUUCUAGACUUUCCGUAACACAUUUUUUCCAAUUUUGCUGGGUAUUGUGGCGCUUUUUGCGGGCCAAAAUGGAGAUUUUGGUACAUUUUAGCCCGCUUGCACGCUCACGUGAUCGUUACGAUUCUUUUUGUUAUCAUAUUUUUUCAGUUUUUAUUUUCACGAUG